AAGCAAAUAGACAUGUUUUCAAGCAUUCGGGGAUUUUUGAGUCGCCACAGGCGUAAGUUUAUAUUCGGGAGCGUCAUUAUUAGUAGCGCCAUCUUUUUGACGCGCUACACGCAGCGCAAGCUGCGGGAGUGGCAGGAAAACGAGAUCAGGAUGCUGAUGGAGAGAACGAGGAAGCGACAGUACUACGAGAGCACGGAGAGAACGUGCAACCAGAUGAUAUCGUCUCUCGCGGUGACUCUGAGAGACUCUGUGGUCAAGGAAAAUGACACGGAGGUCAUCAUAAAUCAACUUAGAGAUGGCUCCGCCGACAAGCUAACAUCCUGGAGCGAGUUGAAGGUGUUGGCGAUCACGCGAUCGGCCGUAAUCAUUUAUUCUUAUACGAUGCUAGUUACAUUUCUUAGGAUUCAGCUCAAUUUGAUUAGCGGGUAUAUGUACAAAGGCGUGCGAAAUGUGGAUAACGGAACUAUCGGAAACGAGGUACAAGCGAGAUACAUGGCUCUUUCUAGUUAUUUUAUAUACGAGGGCAUUAAGAAUUUGAGCAGUUUCAUAAGAAGUAAGGUCGCCGAGGUCACGGCUUCGUUGUCCCUGACGGAGCGGUUAACGUUGAGAGAUUUAGAACAAAUUUAUUGGGCGAUCAUAUCUUCUGUGUCUGCCGACGGCUCGAGAGAUCCCGUGAAAAAUUUCACUUAUUACACGUUGCAACACGAUCUUGAAAACAGCGAUACGUCUGUCUAUUCGAAGCUAAGGGAUCAGAUGCUGGAUGUAUCGGAGAGCGAAGAAGUACAGGAUUUGAUGCAGAAAAACAUCAGAAGUGGAUUCGUUUUACUAAUGGAUCAUAUAUCGGCGUACUUCAGCGAAUCUCCUAGAACCGAUGAUGUGCGCAACAAAGCGUCGCUUUCAGGAGAAUCAAGCGCAGAAAAUUCAGCAUUAACGAGGGAAGCCCUCGCAAAUGAUUCGAGUGGAUUUGUAGACGUUAACAAGACCACCAUGGCCCUGGCCAAAAAACAUAAGGGUACCAAAUUUCAUGGAAAUCAGAUUAUUUUUUGUAAUUUUGAUUUUUUUGAAUUUUGUACAUUUGACUUCGGAUUCGUAAUCAGCGACCCCAGAAACCCCCGAGUAACAAGUUUCAAGCAAAUUCAGAAAGUUUUACUUUGUUUUUUCUACGUUGCGGCUAUAGCCGUCAUACACAGUCAACGGGUUAAUUGCAAGUCAAUAUCACGAAAAGUAAUUGGGGAAACGUAAUUGAACAUUUCGUAGAGCAGUCAAUAACAGCAACGUUAUAAUUUCUCUUGAAUUUUUUCAUAGAUGUUUUGUAUGUUCAGAUACAAAAAUCAUUUUGCAUUUUACAGGAAACGUUAUUGUAUCCUCAGAUUGAAACAUAUGGUUAAUGGUUUAUUCUAUUUUUUUCAUUAAUCUCGCAGAAUAAUUAUAAUUAUCAGAUAAGUAUAUACUAUCGGACAUCUAUAUUUUACGAGGAAAUACUUAAAUAGAGCAACUCGCUGGUAAAACAAUAGACACGAUUAUAAAAAAUCGUUUCAACAAAUGGCUAUUAUAUUACAUAAGAUAUAUAUAUACAUAUAUAGAUAAGUAAGAAAUGUUUUAAAUUAAAUAUU